AUGCUACAGAAGCAGACGGCCAUCAAGGAGGCGGGCGGGCCGUUGGCCGAGGGGGCGGGCAAGAAGAAGAGGCCGGAGGAGGCGCAGGUGAUGGCGCGUAUCUCGCGUUCCCGGCAUUCUGUUGUUUCUUGGGGUUCUUGGAAGUCUCUGAAGUGCGUUCUUGAGCGUUUCUUGGUUUCUGUCGAGCAGGUGAAAUCGUCGCACGCCAUAGCGGAGCUCUGGCACAAUCUUAUAAAGUUUUUUCAUGGAGAAUCACCAGGUUAUGUGCACUAUUCACAACAUGUGAAUCACCAGACACAUCCCAUCACUGAAGUCACAAAGUAUUAUUUGGUUUCUGAUUUGGCUACGGGACAAGGAGUGGACCAUCUUGAUGCCUAUUCAGAAUUUAGACCGGUGACUGGAGAUGGGGAGUGUUUCUACAGGAGCUUCAUAUUUUCCUACCUGGAGCAAGUUCUUGAUAGGCAGGACACAAAUGAGGAACACCGUCUCCUUGAUGCUGUUAAAAGAGUGUCUGUGCAACAUGCAGAUCUUAGAUGGACCUCUGAAUUUCCCAGGAGCUACAGAGCAUUUAAGAAGCUGAUUAAGAAAGUAAAGAGAUGGAAGAGGCAUGGCAAGUGGAAGUGGAACAGCAUAGCAUCAACUAGCAGCUACCGCAAAGAGAAACUUCUUGAGUUCUUCAGAAGUUACGAUACGACGGAAGACAUGCAUCCAUUCUUCGACAUUUUACCUGACCUGUUGCUCUACAAACAGUGGUGCUUUCAGCACGUCACUCCAUCUCGUCAGUACGCGGACCAUGUUAUGAUGACGGCCUUGGCCGAAGCGCUUGAGGUACCCCUUAGAGUGGAGCAACUCAAUGGAGGACCUGCUCAGGACAUCUACACUGUUCCUGGACCUGGAGUCCCCCUUGUGAGUGUGACCCUUCUGUACACGGGCAAUCACUACGACGUCCUCUACCCACGCGCUCCUCCUACCGAGAGUUCAAGUCAGCAGACUUCCUGA